UGUGGCAAAUCUCACGCCAAACCCGAGGACAUUGAAUCUAAUAUAAUCGGUGGCAGUGAUGCGGCACCGGGAGAGUUUCCCUGGCAAAUUGUACUGUCCCUGCAUUCAAGUCAAUUAGACUUUUGCGGGGGUACUAUCAUAAACGAGAGGUGGGUGCUGACGGCAUCCCAUUGUGUAAUGCAAUCCAAAAACAUUUCCGAUUAUCGCAUUCGUCUCGGAGUACAUAACCGCACAACACAUGAGAGCUCUGAAUAUGAUUUCAAUGUCGACAAAGUUAUACAAUACGAUGAUCUCAUAAUCCCUAAUGACAUCGCCAUAAUGAAAUUGAAUGAGAGUUUGGACUUCAAGGGAAAACACAAGCAUUUGUCGCCCAUAUGUCUGCCAAACACGUCCACUAAAGUGACCGACGAUUGUAUAGCAACUGAGGGGAAUAGACCGGAGAUUCUGCAGAAAGUGAAUGAACCGAUCAUAGACUCGAGUGUAUGUCAAAAGGACUACAGUUUCUUCAACGCGACGGUUGAGGUAUGUGCGGGCGGUUCACACAGUGGAGGGAAAGGCAUUUGUGAUGCAGAUUCUGGUGGACCACUUCAAUGUAAGGACAGUACUGGAAAGUGGUAUCAAUUGGGAGUCGUGUCAAUGGGUCCAAUGCGUUGUGGAUCAGCCGAUAAUCCGGAUAUAAGGCUUGUGCCA